AUGGUUGAAAGCCAUACUAACUUUGUCCGGCUGCCAACCUCGGUAAAACCGAUCAAUUACGAACUUGAUUUCGUGCCCAACCUUUCAGAUUUGUCUUUUACCGGUCAGGCUUCUGUUCUUCUUGAGGUUGUUGAACCAACCAACAAGGUCGUGUUCAACUCAAAAGCACUUGAUAUAUCAUCUGUCUAUUAUUGUGAUUCAGAAGGCGCUAUCACGUAUGACGACGACCAGGAGACCGUUACGUUUAUGUUUCCAAAAGGAUUGACCACUGGCGAAGCAAAACUGGACAUGAAAUUCAAAGGUGUGUUGGCGGACGACAUGCAGGGCAUCUACCGUAGUGUUUACAAGGAUAGUAGUGGAAAAGAAAAUAACAUUUUGGCCACACAGUUCCAGUCGGUUUAUGCUCGCCGUGCAUUUCCCUGUAUGGAUGAACCGGGCCUUAAGGCGACGUUCGGCAUCAGUCUUGUUGCUCUGGACAAUCAGGUGGCCUUAUCGAACAUGCCCGAGGUUUCACGCACUGUGGUGCCAACUCCGGCAGGUUGCCCAGACCCGCCCGAUGGUCACAACUACGUGAAAAUACGUUUCGACAAGUCGCCUAUCAUGUCCACCUACCUCGUUGCAAUGGUUGUGGGCGACUUUGAGUACGUUUCUUCGAAUGUUGAAAACGGUGUUGAGGUGCGCGUGUACACCCCUCCAGGAAAAAAAGCAUUUGGGGAGUACGCUCUUGAAGUGGCCACCAAAUCCCUACCCUUUUACACCAAACUCUUCGAUUGCAACUACCCGCUUCCCAAACUUGAUCUGAUCGCCAUUCCAGAUUUCGCUGCCGGCGCCAUGGAAAAUUGGGGUUUGAUAACAUACAGAGAGACUGCUCUUCUUAUUGACCCCAAAAACUCAUCUCUACUGUCAAAACAAUCCGUAGCCCUAACCGUGGCCCACGAGAUUGCUCAUAUGUGGUUUGGAAAUCUCGUUACAAUGCAGUGGUGGAACCAUCUUUGGCUCAACGAAGGCUUCGCAACCUUCAUUGAGUAUCUUGCUGUCGACCAUUGUUUUCCUGAUUACGAUAUAUGGAAUCUUUUUAUAUCCCGGGAAUACACGAAAGCUCUUCGUUUGGAUGGACUUAAAAACAGCCACCCCGUCGAGGUUGAAGUAAACAGCCCUCAUGAAGUUGAGGAAAUCUUCGACGCAGUGUCUUACCAAAAGGGCAGCUGUAUAAUACGCAUGGUGGACGACUUCUUGGGCACUGAGACAUUUCAAACUGGACUUAAAGCCUAUAUUAAGAAAUUCAUGUACUCCAACGCGGAGACCUCGGACUUGUGGAACUCGCUGUCACAGAUUUAUCUAGACUCCGUGGAAGAUAUUAUGUCUCCGUGGACCAUCCAGACUGGUUACCCCGUUGUUUCCGUGCGCUUAGUUCCCGAGCCAGAUGGAACCUACAGCUUGGGCUUUAAACAGCGCAGAUUUCUUUCUGAUGGCAGUUCCGAAGAUAAGAUGUCAACAUGGCAUAUACCUGUUAAAAUCUGUCGUGUCGAUAACUCAAAGGCCAUCGUUGCCAGUACCAUCAUGCCUGCACUAUCGCCACACCCCGAGGAUCACAAGUCCGAGUACAUCUAUCAUCCUUCACACCUAACCGAUGGCAAAGUGCGUAUUAAUCCCGGUGCUGUCGGCUUUUAUCGCGUUCACUACGACGACACCAUAAAUGCCAACAUCCUGGAUGCCAUCCGUAAUCAGCAAGUGCCCGAGUGCGACCGCCUUAGUCUCAUUGAUGAUCAGUUCGCUCUGUCUCGAGCAGGCUUCUAUAGUCUGCAUAAGGCUCUUGAAUUCUGCCGUGCCUUUGCGGGAGAACCAAAGCACAGCGUCUGGACGAUCCUCUCGCAGGGCCUUCUGCAGGUGCGCACCCUUUUGGAGGAAGCCACCUACCCCGCUGGAGAUGAAGUCGUCUUCCCUGAGCCCUCCAGCGAAUUCUACGGACUCAACGCCCUCUACUGUCAGCUCGCACUUCCAGUCUACGAUAAAAUCGGAUUUGAGCCCGUGGAUGAAGAAUCAAACAACAAUCGGCUCUUGCGACCAAUUAUACUGUCGAUCCUAGGCCGUAUCGGUAAUUGCGACGUCAUAAAUAAGGCUCGCGCCGCCUUUAACCGUCAUUACGAAGCAGUGACCACGGCGCCGGCGGGGCAGGCACCUGAACAGGGAAAGCUAAUUUCUCCCGACUUGCGAACAGCCAUCUACACUAUUUGCCUAAGAAAUGGUGGGGACGAGGAGUUCCAGAGGCUACUUAAACUCCAUGACUUGGCGACAAUGCAGGAUGAGCGUGUUCGCAUUUUGUCCAGUCUGGGGUCAGUAACAAAAGCAGAACUCAUUGAUCGCCUCUUCGCCCUCACCUUCUCCGAUUACGUGCGCAAACAGGACAGGUACCACGUGCUCUUGGGGGUAACUUGGUCCCCCGGUGGACGCCGUGCCUUGUGGCGCCUGGUGCAGCGUCGAAUUGCGACGCUGGCUGAUGACCUCGCAACGACCUCCCUAUUAUCUCACGUAAUCAAGGUGUGUGAAUCUCUUUUGUCGGUGUAG